AUUUAAGCUAAUUCUAAGCACUGUGAUAUUAUUAUUUAUGUAUUAUUCUGUAGUCCACUUGAUUAUAUCUGUCUCUCUAUUCUUUUAUACUUAGAUAUUUGGGAUCAUCAUGCCUCAUGUUCGAAACAAGAAAAAGUCUUUUGCAGCUCAGAUUGCUUCUUUGACAAAUGAAUCUUACAAACAACUGGACUUUUUGCCCGAGAAGUUAAGAGCAAAGCUGCUUCCAUUCCAGAAAGAUGGCAUCACCUUUGCCCUUGAAAGAGAUGGCAGGUGUAUGGUGGCUGAUGAAAUGGGUUUGGGAAAGACAAUCCAGGCAAUUGCAAUAGCUUAUUUCUAUAAAGAGGAAUGGCCACUUUUAAUAGUGGUCCCUUCAUCUCUGAGAUACCCUUGGACAGAAGAAAUUGAGAAAUGGAUUCCAGAACUGGAUCCAGAAGAAAUCAACGUUAUCCAGAAUAAAUGUGAUGUUGGGGGAAUAUCAACCAGCAAAGUAUCUGUUCUGGGUUAUGGUCUUUUAACAACAGAUGCAGAGAUUUUGAUAGAUGCAUUGAAUAACCAGAACUUCAAAGUAGUGAUAGUGGAUGAGUCACACUACAUGAAGUCCAGAACCGCAGCUCGCAGCAAGAUUUUAUUGCCCAUAAUACAGAAAGCCAGACGAGCCAUUCUUCUUACAGGGACGCCAGCUUUGGGAAGACCUGAAGAGCUUUUCAUGCAGAUUGAAGCACUCUUCCCUCAAAAAUUUGGAACAUGGACUGACUAUGCCAAAAGAUAUUGUAAUGCACAUAUCAGAUACUAUGGUAGAAGAUCCCAGUGGGAUUAUAGAGGGGCAUCAAAUCUUAAUGAGCUUCACCAACUGCUAAGUAAUAUAAUGAUUAGAAGAUUAAAGAGUGAAGUUUUAACCCAGUUGCCCCCUAAAAUCAGACAGCGUAUUCCAUUUGACCUUCCAUCAGCAGCAGCCAAAGAAUUGAAUACCAGCUUUGAAGAGUGGGAAAGAUUAAUGAAAUCUCCAAAUUCAGAUACCCCAGUGUCUCUCAUGGGGUUGAUCACUCGCAUAUAUAAGCAAACUGCUAUUGCCAAGGCAGGAGCUGUGAAGGAUUAUAUUAAGAUGAUGCUCCAAAAUGACUCACUUAAAUUCCUGGUUUUUGCACACCAUUUGAGCAUGCUCCAGGCUUGCACAGAAGCGGUCAUUGAGAACAAGACUCGUUAUAUUAGGAUAGAUGGCAGUGUUCCAUCUUCAGAAAGAAUACAUCUGGUCAACCAAUUUCAAAAGGAUCCUGACACCCGGGUGGCUAUCCUAAGCAUUCAGGCUGCUGGCCAGGGUUUAACAUUUACUGCUGCUAGUCAUGUUGUAUUUGCUGAGUUGUAUUGGGACCCUGGACAUAUAAAACAAGCCGAAGAUCGUGCUCACCGAAUUGGACAGUGCAGUUCUGUGAAUAUUCACUACCUGAUCGCCAAUGGAACUCUAGACACUUACAUGUGGGGGAUAUUGAAUCGUAAGGCUCGAGUUACAGGGAGCACACUAAAUGGUAGGAAGGAACAGCUUCAGGCAGAGGAAGGGGAUAAGGAAAAAUGGGAUUUCCUGCAGUUUGCUGAAGCUUGGACUCCAACCGAGUGUGCUGAAGAGCUCCAGAAGGAUGUCCUGUUCACUCAUUUUGAAAAGGAAAAGCAGCAUGAUAUUCGAUCAUUCUUUUUACCAAAACCUAAAGAAAGACAACUGGUGUCCUCCAGUGAUGAAGCAAAGAUACUUCAGGAGAAAAAUACUGUGGCGGCAUCAGACCCCAGGAAAAGAACUGCAGGAGAUAUCACCGAUUGUGAAAGUGGUUUUGAACCUGAAGCUAAAAAAUUGAAACCAGUCACCACCAAUGACUGUGGCAGACCCCCGGCAGAGAAACCAUCAGGGUCCAACGAAACCAGAGUUCCCAUGGUGGACAGUGUCCACAAGGCCCCAUCCCAGUCAACUGUUCCAUCCCUUCCUGAACAAGACUGGCAGUGCAGUUUCUGCACCUAUAUCAACAAUUCAAUGUUACCUUAUUGUGAAAUGUGUGAGAACCCCCAGGGCGGAGCCGAUAACCUCAACCAUAUCCAAGAUAAAAACAAAAGUGAGAAGGAUAAUUCUCAGAAAAACCCCCCGGAAGAAGUUUGCUCUAGCUCUGAUUGUGAAAAUCAGAUCCCUGCACAACGAGACCAUAGCCAGAUGGCUGCGAGCAAGAAGACACCCAGACCUGAGAGAGAAGAAGGACUCACACUCCAGACAGGUAAAAGGGAAAUAGAACAGUUGAAGAAUUCAGACACGCUGCCAGUAUAUGAUACCCUAAUGUUUUGUGCAAGUAAGAAUACUGACCGGAUUCACCUGUAUACUAAGGACAGAAAACCGAUGAAGUGUAAUUUCAUACCUUUGGAAAUAAAAUUAGACCUUUGGGAAGAUUUACCAGCAAGCUUUCAGCUGAAACGAAAUCGCUCACUGAUUUUAAGGUUUGUUCGAGAAUGGAGCAGCCUGACUGCGAUGAAACAAAGGAUAAUCAGGAAAAGUGGGCAGCUGUUCCGGAGCCCCAUCCUUGCUUUGGAAGAAAUCACCAAGCAACAACCCAAACAAAGCAGUACCAAGAGGUACAUAACCAAAGAAGAUGUUGCCAAAGCCUCGAUGGACAAGGUGAAGAAUGAAGGGGGCUAUGUCCGCCUCAUCACAAAGGAAUCCAGGCCAUGGGAUUGUUCCCCAAAAAAGUUCCAUGAAGAUGGAGCCUGUGUCCCGAGUCUAAAUCCCUGCGCAGCCCAAGCUGAUCUCAAUGGAAAGUCUUUUACAUCUAAAGGCUAUUUGCAAGCUGUGGAUACUGAAGGAAAUGCGCUGUGUCUCCACUGUCAGCGUCCCACUUGCCAAACGAAGCCGGAGUGCUCAGCAAGCGCCUGGGAUGCACGGUUCUGCUCUCUGAAAUGUCAGGAAGAGUUUUGGAUUCGAUCCAAUAACAGUUACCUGCGAGCCAAAGUCUUUGAAACAGAACGUGGUGUGUGUCAGCUGUGUAACGUGAAUGCCCAUGAACUCUUUCUACGACUGAAAGGUGCUCCUGCAAGUCAGAGGAAGGACCUCCUGGAUGCCACCUGGUCCUCUACGCUUCCAUUAGAACAGCUAAAUGAAAUGAUUAAAAAGCCGAGCGAAGGACAUUUCUGGCAGGUGGAUCACAUCAAGCCGGUGUAUGGGGGCGGAGGGCAGUGCUCGCUGGACAACCUGCAGACUCUCUGCACGAUCUGUCAUAGAGAGAAAACCGCCAAUCAAGCCAAGGAAAGAAGUCAGAUGAGGAGACAGUCUCUAACAGCAAAGCAUGGAUCAGACAUCACACGGUUUUUGGUAAAGAAGUAGAACAUCCCAUGAAUGGAUGGCAAAUGGUUUACAUGUAGGAGAACUGAACACGAUGCUUUUCAUUUUUCAUUUUUACCUGGUAUUUCCAGGCUGAAAUUUUUCAGAGCAAAAAUCAAGAGCUCUGAUUGUGGUCUUGUGCUAAGUGCUUUCUUGUAUUGACUCGUUUUUGAAGUUACAUAACUGAAGCUGAGGUACAAUGCUAAAUGUGUAUGAUCUUGUUGAUUUCAUGUAUACUGCCCGUUACGUCCCACAAGGCUUUGCGAAAUUUGCAUUUCCCCCAUUAUAGGCCUUAUUCACUGUGUUACUCAUAGAUGAUGUUUGUAAAAUAUGCUCUUAACUAUCAGGAAAAUGUUCUGGAUCAGUAUCGGUUCUGGACUGUAAUAAGAAUAGCUGGAGGCUUGCAAGCAAGAGAAAUUUUGGAGGCAAAUCAUUUUUCAGGAAUUCUAAGCCAUGCAUGACCAACCUGCUCAAUAGUCUUGUCACUAAACCUCCCAGAGGGGCUUGGGGCGUUGUGGAUGCUGCCUUUGCCGAAUUUCUUAAUUAGUCUC